AUGUCUUCGUUUUUACCUGUGAAUAAUACCUCGCCCCCACCGGAUCGGGACAUGGAGGAUGCCACCACGCCCACCACGCCCCGUCCAGCCUCGAAGGGCAUGCCUGAUGCGCGGGACCCAUCGAUCUCCCCCACGCGGAUGGACGACCGGACGCCUCGCAAUGAUUACGCUCAGGAGGAGUCCCCCCGACACCCCGAGUCCCAGGGGAGCGUGGAUGACCGAGCCGCCGGGGAUUCGGAGGGAGAGGGCUCGGACCACGAGUCCAACCACCAGUCCAACAACGCUCCGCCGUCCAAGAAGAAGAAGGGCCAGCGCUUCUUCUGCACGGACUUCCCGCCCUGUAACCUUAGCUUCACCCGCAGUGAGCAUCUCGCCCGACACAUCCGCAAACACACCGGGGAGCGCCCCUUCCAGUGCCACUGCACCCGGCGCUUCUCCCGACUCGAUAACCUGCGCCAACACGCCCAGACGGUGCAUGUCAACGAGGAGAUCCCGGGGGACUCCCUCGCGGCCACGGGGACGCGAUUCCAGCGCCAGAUUCGGACGGACCGGGUACGCCCCCAGGGUCGCGCGCGGGCGGGCACGGCCGGCAGUCAGGGGGCACACAGUCGAGGCCACAGCCGGAACCUCUCGACCUCCAGCAUCGCCUCGGCGACGUCGACCUACAGCCAACCCCAGGAACUGCGCCGUCGACCCCCGCCGCUGAUCAUGUCCAACGACGGGCGGCCCCGGCUGGCCUUGGAUCCGCGCGGGGACCCGCCCAGCACGCCCCCGGGCCAGGUCCGAGGACUCCCCGGCCCCGCGACGGGUGGCUCGCCCUACACGUCCUCCCACAUGUUCGCCGGCCACGGCGGGAGUCCCCAUGUGGCGUCACCCAUGUCGGCCGCGUCCCGCGCCUCGGGCUUUUGGGAUGGGAAGACCGCGGCGCGUCGUCUCUCGGUGCCCACCGGGGCGAACCCCUUCACGACGCAGGCGGUCAAUGCCUACCCGCCCGCUGGGUAUGCCAACCCGGCGACGCCGACGGCGUACCCCCCCGGAAGAAGUUCCUUCGCCAGUCCGGCCAGCUCCCACUAUUCCGGCGCUCGGGAGGAGGGGGCUCACAGUGCAGCCGACGCGGACCUGCGGAGGCGAACCUGGCAUCCGUCGACGUUCCCGGCGGCGCCCCGGCCGGCGACCAGUGGGUUUGGUGGUGGUUACUCCACGCACGAGUCCUUCGCGGUCCCCGGGGGGGCCAAGGCCGCCGGAGAACAACCCCCGCGCCUGCCGGGCAUCGAAAGUUUCGACAAGGUGGUUGCGCAGCGACCCCUCACCCCGCCCGUCCGCCGAUCCAGUCCGAUGCAGCUGGACCAUCCGAACGCACCGCCUGGUCAUUCCUUUGGGGGCGGCUUCAACUACUCGCAGCCGUCGGUGCGACCGGCGCCCCCCAUCUCGGGUCCCGGCCACCGUCGGGGUCACGUCUCGUGGGACAUGUCCCUGCACACCAACCUGACGGGACUCCACAUCCGUGAUAAGCCCCUCCAGCGGGACGCCUCGAAUUGGGGCCAGCAAACCAUCGCCGAACUGCACAGCGUCGGUUCGCGCCCGUCGUCGUCCUACCAGCCGCAGGCGCCGGAGUAUCGCGGCUCCAGCGGUCACGCCCCCAGCUACAGCAAUGCAACAAAUAGUUCGCAGGCUACCCGGACAUCCCCGGAGGAUUCGAGCAGCAGCGAGGGGGUCCAUACCCCGUCCACCGCGUCGCUCGAGUAUCAUCCCGCCAUCGUGCAUAACAACGGAUACGUCGAGCCCCAUCAUACUCCUUAUGCGUCCGAGACGUCUCAGACAGCACCCCAGCCUGAUGGCUAUCACGGCGCACAUGACUCGCGGCCCGACCUGUUCAGUCAUGCCUCCGAGCGCAAAUCCGGGAUGGAUCGGCUGGAGGCGCUGGUCGCUGUGGCGACGAACGAGAAUCGUGGGCCCACGAGACUGGUUACUUAG